GGGCGUGGUGUCCUCGGGAGAGCAGUCGGGAGCUGCUGGCUGUUUCGUUAGCUGGCGGGCGCGGCGCUGGCAGUGUUGGCUCAAGCUAAACGUGAAGAGGGGGGCUUACGCGAGAGACUUUGAGGAAGAUGGCUGCGCGAAGAGAGCUGUCUGCAAGCGGAAAAGCAGCGUAACGAAUUGUUCGGUGAAGACCGCGAACCAAGAGCGGGAGAGGUAGGCGAUACCCAGAUCAGACGUUUUGCACAAUGCUUUUGAAGUGGACCUGGCUACAGACUGGAUAACAAUGUAUUUUGCACUAAAGCUGACUGGUUGAAGCACUGCUUUCAGUGCCUAAGAGCUGAAAUUGACUGUGCCAAGGAAUUAAAAAGAAAACUCCUUAAACACUGGAAUUUUUAACCUUUAAUCAUCUUUCUCCUUCGUUUUUGGAGAAGCAGAACUUUACUUCAAAUGUACCAUUCCAUUUGACAUUAUAUGUACUAGGACUUUGACAGACAGGAUGAGCUGGCUGAGCCGACUUACUCCACGAACAACUGGAAAUAGGGCCAGCCAAGCUGCUACUCUAUCAAGUCCUCUUACUGCUGACCCAGAGACUUGCCUAAUGGUGUUUAAAAAUCACUGGAGACAGGUAUCCUGGAUUUUAGAAAAACAAGAACCAUCUCUGAGUACUGGUGAUGAGCUGAGUGCAAUAAGAAAUCACACUGACCAGAUGCUGUGUCUGCUGGCAGAAGAGCACCCUAUAGAUCAUUCUAGCAUGGGGCCCAUUCUGGAGCUGGUGGUAAAAGAAAAUAUUCUGGUGCAGCUAGUUCAGUGGCAUCUUAACCAAGGAUUAGAUCCUGAUAGUCAUAUAGCUUUGUUGAAACUUUUUGAGAUGUUAAUAGGGCAAUCUCAUCAGUCAUUGCUAUGUCACAAAGCUGUGCUACAACCCUUGCUAUCCUUACUCAAAGUCUGUGCUGAAAUUAACUGUAACAUACCUGCAAUAGAAGGAAGCCUUGUUCUUCUUCUUAACCAAGUAUGUGUCUCUAUGGUUAAAGACCCCCCUAUUCUUGAACUAUUUUUUUACACACCUACUGAGCAAGGGCCAACCAAUAUGCUUAUUUUUUCUUUACUUGUGCCCUUUAUUCACCGGGAUGGAGUUAUUGGACAGCAAGCUCGUGAUGCUUUGCUACUUGUCAUGGCUACAUCAGCUAGCAAUCCAGCAGUGGCAAAAUACAUUGCAGAAAACUCUUACUUCUGUCCGGUUUUAGCCACGGGACUAAGUGCACUCUAUUCCUCAUUACCAAGGAAAAUUGAAGUUCGAGGAGAUGAUUGGCAUGCACUGAGAAGAGAGGACUGGAUUGGAGUGUCUUCUCUUGUUCUUUUCAUGAAUUCUCUUGAGUUUUGUAAUGCUGUUAUUCAGGUCUCUCACCCUCUUGUUAAAAACCAGUUGGUGGAUUAUGUGCACAAUGGUUUUCUUGUCCCUGUCCUGGGCCCUGCUCUUCAUAAGACAUCGGCGGAAGAAAUGAUUACUAGCACUGCUUAUCUGGAUUUGUUUCUUCGAAGUAUCACAGAAACAGCUCUUCUGAAAGCUUUUUUGCGUUUCAUCCUUUUGCAUAGGCAUGACAAUGAAACUAUCCUGAACACACUUACUACUAGAAUCAACAGUGGCGCACGGCUCUGCAUGGUUUCUCUUAGUCUUUUCAAAACCCUGCUUUCUCUAAACUGUGAAGACUUCAUGCUACAGCUUGUACUCAGGUAUCUCCUGCCUUGUACCCAUGUUAUGAUAAGUCAGAGGCGGGCUGUGAGGGAAAUAGACAUAUAUGGCAAGUCAUCGGACAAGUUCCUGUCUCUCAUUCCCGAAUGCUGCAAGCUGGAGGUGGGAUCUACUUCAGAGCAUGAAGAAGAUUCCACGUAUUGGAGCAGAGUGCCAACAAGUCCUGCCAUGGAAUCCCCUGCAAAACCAAGCACUCCAUCUCGCCUAGCCUUCUUUAUUCGCCAGCAGAGUAUGGGUUCAAGUUCAAAUUUAGAACCACCCCAGUCUCCACGCAGUAGUAGUCUUACUGGAGAAUCACCAGAAAGUCCAUUACAUCAGACACCCGAUCUAGGAGAAUUGGAAACUGGAUAUCUUGAAUAUCUUAAAGAUGCACGGAAGAACAUUGAACAGUGUGCUUGGGCUUGCCGCUGCUGGUCUGCUCCCUAUGAUGGAGAAGCACCAUCUCCUAACUGUGUGACACUGCCUCCUCCAAAUACAUCUUCACUGAAUAUAACUCCAGAGCAUUUUAGUAAUCCAGUCUUGACAGUUGAAAAAAAUGCAGAUUUUUCUGGCAUAGAUCCCAGCAUGCAAAGCAUAACAAACAGUCACAAAUCUGACAAGGAUAGCUCAGACAGAGAUAGUGGGGAAUGGGACAUCACUAUUGGGCAUAACUGCAUAAGUUUAACACCACGUACUAAAAAGCGUACUCUGCAACCACAAGGAAUUCUACCUACCGCUUCAUCCCAGAGUUCUGGGCCUUGUAGUGCAAGUCACAGUCAGCUUCCUGUUAAUGGCAGUGGCUAUCCUUUCUUUAAUGGUAUAGGACAAAUGGUGACAGAUACAAAAGAAAGGCAUGAUGAGGAAAUGGAGUUUAAAAAAGUUCGUAGAGAUGAUGAUAUUGAAAAUGGCUGUGGCCUACAAAAUGGGGUGAAAGAUGAUAGACAGCAGUCUCCUGAAGCAAGAAGGCAGCUUUCUAGUAAAAGCCAAGUUUUGUCACCGUUAUCGUCAUCUUUGUCUCAGAAAUCAUUAGUUUCACAAAUUGGAGAUGUUCCACAUUUAGAUAUCGGCAUAUGCACAGCAGAGGCUCACAGCCUGGAAUCUGUUGAAAGUCUGAUUGAUGAACUUAUAGACCAAGCUCCAGGUGAAAUAAAUGGAUCUGGUAUCAGCAUUGAGGUCUUCAGCAAGGAAUUACGAGAGCUGGAAGAGACAGUACAACAGCAUCAGCGCCAAAGGAUUCAGACCCUCUGUGAUGAUGCCAAAGACACCAAUAAUGGAGGGAAGUGUCCCUCUCUUUACUUGUAUAGAGAAGAAGAGGAAAGUUGCCAAUCCCUUGAUGUGAACCUUGCUGAUUCAGCAAUACAGAAGGUGCAAAAUGUGGGCACUAUGUUGACCAGCCCUGCACGAUCUGCAGGACAGCCUUACACAGGACCCUUCAUUGCAGCAUUGUUUGCCAAACUGGAGAAUAUGAUGCAGAAUUCUUUGUAUGUGAAUAUAAUGUUGACUGGAAUGCUGUCACAAUUAGCCUGCUAUCCCCAACCCCUGCUCCGUUCAUUUCUGCUGAAUACCAACAUGGUCUUCCAACCCAGUGUGAAGUCACUCAUCCAGGUCUUGGGCUCAGUAAAAAACAAGAUUGAAGUCUUUGCAUCUACACAAGAGGAUUUUCCUGGAAUGUUACGUAAAGCCAGAAAGUACCUAGUGGCACGGGGAAAAGUGGAUUGGGCUGAAUCACCCACUGUUCUGCCAAAUUUACGAAGAUCUGAAACACUAGUAAAAAGCCGAAAGACAUCCCUUGGUGAACUGAUACUGCGGCAUACUAACAGUCCUACAAGAGCUAAGCAAGCUGCCCAGUUUGCUUUUGCCCAUGUGAGAGAUGGUGGACAAGUUCUACACAGUGCCCUUUUCAGAGGCUCAGCUCUUGGAACAGUGGAACGACAGAAUGAAGCACUACGUGUCAAAAAUGCUGUAUACUGUGCUAUUAUUUUUACUGAAUUUUUAAAGGAACUAGCUGCUUUAGCUCAAGAGCAUGCUGUGACUACACCUUUUCCACUGUACCAAGAAACAGAGGAGUGAUAACACUGAGUUUGCAGAAUACGGAUUCUUGAGAUUCAGUAGUCACAGCAUUAUGCCAGUAAUGCAGGAUGACUAUGCAGACUUUUAAUGACACAUGCAUAGUAAAGGAAGAAUGGGCUUACGUGAUUCUGUUAAAUGCAAAGUUGAUACCAUCAUGGCCUUUGAAGCACCACUUUUAAUGUAAGAUAUGAAGGAUUUAAGAAAUCUUUUCUGUUAUGAACUGGAAGAUACUGUUUCUGUACGCAAAUGACUUUGUUCUAUUAGGAAUCUAAUGAGGACCUUUUCUUAUCUAAAUUAAACAUAUCAGUAUAAAAUGGACUCAUUUUUGGAAAGCUCUAUUGUCUUCCUCCUAAGAGUCAUAAAUGUUACUUCAUUUAGCUGGAUAUCUUUUGUUUGCCAUCUGUCUGUGUAUCCGUCUUUGAACACAAGAAUUUACUGUUCUCUUUGGUAAGUUUCUAUAUUAUCUACCAACUGAUAUCUAGAAGGCUCAGUAAUAGGUUUUAUUUAAUGCAGUUAACUGUGUUUCAUUAUUUUUAGCAGGUACGAGAACCGAAAUCUAGAGCAUUGUAUUCCUGUAUUGAGCAGACCAAUCUCUACAUACAUGGAGUUGUCUUACUGCUCUGUAAUAUAUCUGUGUCUCAGUUUAGUUGUAGGGUUCACUGUCUUAAAGGUCUGUGUGGCUUUGGCAUAUUUUCUCAACCUGUCUCUAGACUAGGAACUGGAGUAAAAAGACAACCUUUUUUUUUUUUUACUGGUAGACUAAACAUGUCACCCGUCACAAAAAAACUGCUUUAAAAAACGAUUUGGUUGCCUAAAGAGAGAUUAAAUACCUGCAGCUUCAGUUUUCUGUGACUUUACAUUUAUUUCAUUUAUAUCUUUUAUUUUCUCCCUAUGAAAUGAAAGUCCUAAUUGACAUUUGUUGUGUUCUAUAUGUAAUAGACAUUACAAGUCAGUGAUUCAAAAAUUAUCAUCAAUUGAAACUGAUGCAUUUCUCUGUGAUGUGUACUUAGUUACCUAUCACAUUUUGUGCAUUCUGAUUUACAUUUUUCAAAUUCCUCUAUAACGCAUCAAUUUUAUGUGAAAUGCUUGUACAGUUUAUGUGCAGCAGCCGUGUAUUUCUACAUAGCUAAUGUUAGUUUAUUACUGUUUUCAAAUCAUGCAUUUCCAUAUAAUAUCUAAGAUGUUUUGAAAAAUAUUAAAAACUUAAACCCUGCUUUUUUUUUUUUAAAUAUUUAUAUUUACACAAUAAUUGUUCAUUGAUCAUUUUUAGAAAAAAUAAACUUGCACAGUAUAAUACGCAUUAAGUAUUAUGUCUGUUCUUAAUAAGAUGAAUUUUUUGCAUCACUAUGUAAAUGUAUAUUCCAAAAAGUAUAUUUCCCCACCCAUUGUUUACCAGUAUGUCAUUUAAUUAAUUUCUGUGGCACUUUUGAGAAUUUGUUUAAAUUAUCGGUGCUAGUUGACUAUAAAAAGGAGAAUAGAAAUUAGGGUUUAAAGCACUAAAAAGCAGAUCAAUGCCAGCUCUUAAUCAUAUCUGCAUAGGUAUCACAGAGUGCAUUGAACACUUGUGUUUCUCACUCUAAAUUAUCAGGUUAUUUUGAUUUUUAAAUAAUUAAUGUAAGAGUGAAUGAAUGAAAAAUAGGAUUGAAAGGGAAUUAAUUGUUUUAAAGUUAUGAAUGCAGUGAUUUAUAACGUGUUUCUAUUUGUAUUUUAUCAUUAUUGACUGAGCUCCACUCAGGGCCUUAUUGUUCACUUGUCUUAUAGAGUGUUUGCUUCAUUUUUAGAAUAAAACAUCUUAAAACUCAUAAAUUAACCCUAUCAGAGAUCCCAACUCAUCACAGCAAGCUCUUUCAGUCAUUUUAUUUUAUUUUAUUUUAUUUUAUAUAUUUUUUGGGAUAUACUGUAUUUAAAUUUGAGUGUUUUUCCUUUUUGUUACUUGGCAUUUACAUUCAGUAUUUUCAAGAAGUGUAAUUCAGUGGUAAAUCUGAAUUAUACAAACCCUAAGAAAUUAUUUGCUUAUAUUUUUUAUUAUUAUUUUAAAUCUAUUUUUCAUGAUCUAAAUUGAAAUACUAAUUUCUUAAAUGUCACAUAUUUAUUUCAUCAAUGAGGUGUGGUUUAUGGCAUAUUAUUUACAGUAAUUGUUGCUCCAUUGGGCUUGCUUGAAAGGAGCUGUGCUUUAAUUUUGGAUUAUUGUACUGUUGAUUGUUGAAAAAAAAAAUUAUAUUUGAAUUUUACCUAAUUCAUUGUUUAAUUUGCACAUUCUGUAGGUUCUGGUGUGUGUGUUAAAAAGGAGACAACAACUCAUUAUCUCCAUUUUUUUGAAAUCUAUGCAACUCAUUUCCAUUAUUCAAUCAUGCUGGCAUCACUUGAUGCAUUUGUGUAAUCUGUAAAUAAUGUAUACAACAAGAUAAAACACAAAUGAAUGUUGCUAGAAAUAUUUUUAUAUAUUUAAAAUAAAAGUAAGUCAAAGACUGUAACUAAAAAGGGAAUGGUUUUAUUAAUUUAUAAAUGUUUUGACUUAGCAAUAACGUCUAUGGUCUAGCUAAUCCCAGUCCAGCAAUUUCUAUAGACAGAUGUUCUCUUUACAGACACCUUUGAAACUUUUCUGCAUUCACUUAUCUUUGAGAACAAUCACAUUUUGGUGAGUGCAGAUAACAGUGUCUGAGUUUUCUGAGACUGUUCGGUGAUAGGUGCCACUCCCAUGCACAGUAAAUUUAAAAGUAAAUAUAAAUAAGAACAUUGAAAAAAUUGGCCUAUGUGGCCCACAGUUAUUGUGCUUCUUUGUCUAACAUCAGGAACUUCUGCUUCUCAGGUUGAGAUUUAACAGAUUGCUGUUAAAGUACAAUUCAAAGACCUCCUUUUUAAACAAUCCUUUUAGCUUGACUGGCUCAUUCAAACCAUAUUGCAUCACCUUUACACUAAGUGAACCUCUUCAGUCACUGGAUGUCUGUCUGGGAUGUGCAUGCCACUGUAGGAGAUUGCUGGGUAUUUUCUAGUCUUUUUCUUUCUGGUCUUAUUAGGGACAUGUCAGCUGGAUGAAUUCAGUACAGUAUAGAGUGGACCUUAACUGUUCCUAAAGUUUUAUUUGAUUCGAUCGGAGGGUAAAGCUGGAAGCAUUUUUAUUUCCAUAAAAUGUUGAGGGUUUGAUGAAAUAUUGCAUUUCUUUUGCAUGUUAAAUUUGAUUUUUGCACAGUUAAUUUUGCUGUUCCUAUUUUUGUCAUUGCCUCUGUACAUGGAAAUAUUUUCUGUUUGUGAAAAUUCAACAAAAUAAAUUGUCUGAUCUCAUUCUUACAUU